UUCCCAAGCUUCUCCAGCAGAUCAGCAUGGCACCCAAGGUCCACGCAGCCUUAUACUCCACCGCAGCAAUGAGAGCCUUCGCUACCCUCCACGAGAAAAACGUCGAAUUUGAGGUCGUCCCUAUUGACAUGAGAGCAGGGGAGCACAAGAAGGAACCCUUCCUCUCCCUCAACCCAUUUGGUAAAGUUCCAGCCUUUGAAGACGGAGACCUAAAGCUAUUCGAAUCAAGAGCAAUAACCGCUUACGUUGCGUACGAGUACCACGGGAAGGGGACGGAAUUGGUUUACCAUGACACGAAGAAGAUGGCGACUGUGAGCGUAUGGAUUGAAGUGGAAGCUCACCAUUUCGACCCAGUUGUUUCAAAGCUGGUUACUGAGCAACUAGUGAAGCCCAUGUUAAGGGGCUUAGAACCAGACUCGGCAGUUGUGGAGGAGAACCAGAAAAAGUUGGGUGAGGUUCUUGAUGUGUACGAGGCCAGACUAUCGAAAUCCAAGUAUUUGGGUGGAGAUGAGUUCACUUUAGCAGAUCUUCAUCACUUGCCGACGAUGCAUUACUUGAUGGGGACAUCGACCAAAGAAGUGUUCGAGACUCGCCCGCAUGUCAGUGCUUGGGCUAAAGAUAUCUUGGCUAGGCCGGCUUGGAUCAAGACUGCUGCAAUGCAGAAAUAAGCUUAAAAACUUAAAAGGUGUUUUUAUAGUUUAGAGAAUGAAGAAGAU